UGUCCUACUCCAACUUCCGCUUCAAGCGGUACAAUAGUGGGAAAACAUUUCUAAUCUAAUAUAGAUCUAGAUCUAAUUCGACAAACUAAAAAAUUAAUAAUUGUAUUUCUUGUAUAAGUCUAAAUAUUAAAGUUGUAUUAUGAAUCUAGAGCUACUAGAGUCAUUUGGGCAAAACUUUCCUGAAGAUUUUGAUGGCACUUUAGAUUGUGUCAGCAUCGCUAUCACAUGUGCUUUCAAUCGUCAGGGGACCCUCCUGGCAGUUGGCUGCAAUGAUGGGAGAAUAGUUGUAUGGGAUUUUCUCACGAGGGGCAUAGCCAAAUUUAUCAAUGCACAUGUGCAUCCUGUGUGCUCCUUAAGCUGGAACAGAAGUGGGAAAAAACUUCUGAGUGCUGCAACAGACAACACUGUGGCUAUCUGGGAUGUACUCUCUGGGGACAAUGAUAAAGUGUUUCGUUUUCCUUCACCAGUUUUGAAAGUACAGUGGCAUCCAAGGAACAGCACUCAGUUUUUGGUUUGUCCACUGAAACAUGCGGCAGUGUUAAUGACUGUGAAAGGGGAUCACAAAGUGGUACCACUUGAUGAUGAUUCAGAUUUGAACAUAAUAGCCUCCUUUGACAGAAGGGGACGUUACAUAUACACAGGGAAUGCCAAGGGAAGAAUUUUAGCUUUUAACAUAGACAACCUAGAAAUUGCUGCUUCAUUUAGAGUCACAACAGGUGGUCUAAACACUACAGCAAUCAAGUCUUUAGAGUUUGCAAGGAGAGGAGAAUGUUUCUUGGUGAACUCGGCUGACCGAAUCAUUCGAGUGUAUGAGAGUAGGGAGGUGCUGACCUGUGGUAAAGAUGGAGAGCCUGAGCCCAUGCAGAAACUUCAAGAUCUAGUCAACAAAACCUUAUGGAAGAAAUGCUGCUUCUCUGGAGAUGGUGAAUACAUUGUAGCUGGGUCAGCCAGGCAGCACUCUCUGUACAUCUGGGAAAAGGCUGUGGGGAAUUUGGUGAAAAUUUUACAUGGAACCAAAGGAGAACUGCUUCUUGAUGUUGUUUGGCAUCCUGUGAGACCAAUCAUUGCUUCUAUAUCAAGUGGUUUGGUGUCAAUAUGGGCUCAGAAUCAAGUGGAAAACUGGAGUGCUUUUGCACCAGACUUCAAGGAGUUAGAUGAGAAUGUAGAGUAUGAUGAAAGAGAGUCAGAGUUUGAUCUUGAGGAUGAGGACAAAGAGAAAGAAGAGAGUAAAGCUCCUGUUGAAGAAGAUACAGAGGUAGAUGUGUGUACAGUGGAACCUAUACAAGCAUUUGUUAGCAGUGACGAAGAUGAAGAGGACAAAGAGGCUCUGUUGUUCCUGCCUGUAUCUCCUGAUGUUGAAGAGCCAGAAGAUGGUUGGCAGGCAAGCUCUGAAGCUAAAAGAACAUCGCAGGGUGCCAUACCCAGAGUACCGUUUAUAAGAACUGUGGUCAAUGUCAGUCAAAAUGAUGACCAAACUACAGCUGUACCAGAGAAAAAGAAAUCUCAGGCCCCUGAAACACCAACAACUGGAGACAAGAGAACCAGACACAGUCAUGACAGUGACAAAAAAAGAAAUCAGUCGGAUGGUCCACCGUCAGGAAAGAAAAAAAAGACAAAAAUGAUGGACAUUGACUUACCAGAUGCACCUCGUGACGAAAUUCAUCCAAUACUCAACGUAAAGAAACCUCAGGAGAAAACCCAUUCCAAAAAGUCCAAGCCUCAAAAAUCCAAAUCUUCAAAGCAAGAAAAGUCUAGACAUAAAGAUAGAAACAAGGGAGAUGAUGGGGCUGGUGAGAAUGCAGGUAAAGGGAGACAGUACUAUUGACAGGGGAGAUCAUUUAUGUUGUAUAUGUUACUAAUUUUAAUGAAAUAUCCUGAAUUUACAAGUCUAGGUAGCAGCAUGUUUGCCAUAUGAUAUAAUUCUUAGAAUAAUACAUAAUGUAAAUGUAAAAAAAAAAUAACAGUUUGACUUAAUGAUAAAAUCAGCAGAUAAUGUGCAUUCAGUGAUAUUUUUAAUUUCAUUACAACAGACUUAGAACAUUGCCUAUUUUGGCUAACUGAAGAUUUCAGUCAUGAAUCUUGGUGAUGUGUAACCUGACUAGUGAUUUAAGAAAUCUUCAAGGUUUACUUAAUCAGUACCUGAUUGGGUAGAGGCAGUCAUUGUGCUGGCCAUAUACUGCUCUUGUAAACUGUUGGCCAUAGAAAUGAGUUUUGUCUAAUGCUGAACACUUUUGGUCUUCAUGACCUUCAUAAUGACAAUCAUCAUGUUGCCAUUGCAAUGCUAUUACUGGCUAAUUAUAUGCUAGUGAUUUAUAACCAAUAACUACUGAUGUUACUAGACCAUUUUUUAAAUAAGUAUUUGGCUAUAUUGGAUCACAUGUCCUCUUUGUCCUGGGGCAGAUCAAAACUGAUCCUUUGUUCAUCUUUAACAACUCUCUUUACACAAGAGAGAAUUCAAUUCAAACUUGUCAUAGUGGCCUCAUGUAAAGGCAGUCAGUGAUAUUUAAGAUAAAGCUUUUAUUUACUGUCCAUCAUCAAAUUGCUGCAAUGUGUUGAGCAAGAGGUCGACAUAUACGUUGAAACUUUUGCCGCAAAGUGUUUAGUAAGAGGGUGAGAUAAAAGUUGAAACUUUUGCCGCAAUGUGUUUGUCCUGUGACUAAUGCACAUACUUUUGUUUCCUCAGCUUCAGGCUAUUGAGUUGUCCAGUGUUAGGAUUAGUCUAAAUGAAACACUUCUAGUAGCUAGUCAGGCACA